AUGGCUUCUGCCUGCCAGAUCCUCCGCUGGGCCCUUGCCCUGGGGCUGGGCCUCACGUUCAAGGUCACGCAUGCCUUCAGAUCUCAAGAUGAACUCCUGUCCAGUUUGGAGAGCUAUGAGAUUGCCUUCCCAACCCGCGUGGAUCACAACGGGGCAAUGCUGGCCUUCUCUCCACCUGCCCUCAGGAGGCAGCGUCGGGGUACGGGGGCCACAUCCGAGUCUCGCCUAUUCUACAAGGUGGCAGCACCCAGCACUCACUUCCUGCUGAAUCUGACGCGCAGCCCCCGUCUCCUGGCGGGGCACGUCUCGGUGGAAUACUGGACACGGGAAGGCCUGGCCUGGCAGAGGGCUGCCCGAGCCCACUGCCUCUACGCUGGCCACCUACAAGGCCAGGCUGGUAGCUCCCACGUAGCCAUCAGCACCUGUGGGGGCCUGCAUGGUCUGAUCGUGGCAGGCGAGGAGGAGUAUCUGAUUGAGCCCCUGCAAGGUGGGCCCAAGGGUCGCCGAGGCCCGGAAGAGAGUGGUCCCCACGUGGUAUACAAGCGUUCCUCUCUGCGUCACCCCCAUCUGGACACAGCCUGUGGAGUGAGAGAUGAGAAACCAUGGAAGGGUCGUCCAUGGUGGUUGCGUACCCUGAAGCCACCGCCUGCCAGACCUCUGGGGAAUGAGACAGAGCGAGGCCAGCCAGGCCUGAAGCGAUCAGUCAGCAGGGAGCGUUAUGUGGAGACCCUGGUGGUAGCCGACAAGAUGAUGGUGGCCUACCACGGGCGGAGAGACGUGGAGCAGUAUGUGUUGGCCAUCAUGAACAUUGUUGCCAAACUUUUCCAGGACUCGAGUCUGGGAAACAUGGUCAACAUCCUUGUCACUCGCCUCAUCCUGCUCACGGAGGAUCAGCCCACCCUGGAGAUCACCCACCAUGCUGGGAAGUCACUGGACAGCUUCUGUAAGUGGCAGAAAUCCAUUGUGAGCCACAGUGGCCAUGGCAACGCCAUCCCAGAGAACGGUGUGGCCAACCAUGACACAGCCGUGCUCAUCACACGCUAUGACAUCUGCAUCUACAAGAACAAACCCUGCGGCACUCUAGGCCUGGCCCCCGUGGGUGGUAUGUGUGAGCGUGAGAGGAGCUGCAGUAUCAACGAAGAUAUUGGCCUGGCCACGGCAUUCACCAUUGCCCAUGAGAUCGGGCACACAUUCGGCAUGAAUCACGAUGGUGUGGGGAACGGCUGCGGAGCCCGUGGUCAGGACCCAGCAAAGCUCAUGGCUGCCCACAUUACCAUGAAGACCAAUCCAUUCGUGUGGUCAUCUUGCAGUCGAGACUACAUCACCAGCUUUCUGGACUCGGGCCUGGGGCUUUGCCUGAAUAACCGGCCUCCCAGACAGGAUUUCGUGUACCCAACGGUGGCUCCCGGUCAAGCCUAUGAUGCUGAUGAGCAGUGCCGAUUCCAGCAUGGAGUCAAAUCGCGUCAGUGUAAAUACGGGGAAGUCUGCAGUGAACUGUGGUGUUUGAGCAAGAGCAAUCGGUGCAUUACCAAUAGCAUCCCUGCUGCUGAGGGAACACUAUGUCAAACACACACCAUCGACAAGGGGUGGUGCUACAAACGAGUGUGUGUCCCCUUUGGGUCUCGACCAGAGGGUGUAGAUGGGGCCUGGGGCCCGUGGACUCCAUGGGGCGACUGCAGCAGGUCGUGUGGUGGUGGUGUGUCAUCUUCCAGUCGUCACUGCGACAGUCCCAGGCCCACCAUUGGGGGCAAGUACUGUCUGGGAGAGAGACGGAGGCACCGAUCCUGCAACACUGAUGACUGUCCCCCAGGCUCCCAGGACUUCAGAGAAAUGCAGUGCUCUGAAUUUGACAGUGUUCCUUUCCGUGGGAAAUUCUACACAUGGAAGACAUAUCGAGGAGGGGGCGUGAAGGCCUGUUCACUGACUUGCCUAGCAGAAGGCUUCAACUUUUACACGGAGAGAGCAGCGGCUGUGGUGGAUGGCACACCCUGUCGCCCCGACACAGUGGACAUCUGUGUCAGCGGCGAGUGCAAGCAUGUGGGAUGUGACCGGGUCCUAGGUUCUGAUCUCCGAGAGGACAAAUGCCGAGUGUGUGGGGGUGACGGGAGUGCCUGUGAGACCAUCGAGGGGGUCUUCAGCCCAGCUUUGCCCGGAAAUGGGUAUGAGGACGUCGUCUGGAUCCCCAAAGGCUCCGUCCACAUUUUCAUCCAAGAUCUGAAUCUGUCCCUUAGUCACCUGGCCCUGAAAGGGGACCAGGAAUCUCUACUACUGGAGGGGCUACCUGGGACCCCCCAUCCUCACCGCCUUCCCCUGGCUGGGACCACCUUUCAUCUACGACAGGGCCCAGAUCAGGCCCAGAGCCUAGAAGCCCUGGGGCCCAUUAAUGCAUCUCUCAUCGUCAUGGUGCUGGCCCAGGCAGAGCUGCCUGCCCUCCGCUACCGCUUCAACGCACCCAUUGCCCGGGAUGCACUGCCUCCCUACUCCUGGCACUACGCCCCCUGGUCCAAAUGCUCAGCCCAGUGUGCAGGCGGCAGCCAGGUUCAAGUGGUGGAGUGCCGAAACCAGCUGGACAGCUCAGCAGUGGCCCCGCACUAUUGCAGUGCCCACAGCAAAUUGCCCAAGAGGCAGCGUGCCUGCAACACAGAACCAUGCCCGCCAGAUUGGGUUGUAGGAAAUUGGUCACGGUGCAGCCGUAGCUGUGAUGCUGGUGUGCGAAGCCGCUCAGUGGUGUGUCAACGCCGGGUGUCUGCUGCAGAGGAGAAAGCCCUAGACGACAGUGCCUGUCCACAGCCACGCCCACCAGUGCUGGAGGCCUGCCAGGGCCCAAUGUGCCCUCCCGAGUGGGCAGCGCUGGAGUGGUCUGAGUGCACCCCGAGCUGUGGGCCUGGCCUACGUCACCGAGUGGUCCUUUGUAAGAGCGCAGAUCAGCGAUCCACUCUGCCCCCUGGGCACUGCCCUCCCUCAGCCAAGCCACCAGCCACUAUGCGAUGUAACCUGCGCCGCUGCCCUCCUGCCCGCUGGGUGGCCAGCGAGUGGGGUGAGUGCUCCUCACAGUGUGGCCUCGGCCAGCAGCAGCGCACAGUGCGCUGCACCAGCCACACGGGCCAGCCAUCUAGAGAGUGUACCGAGGCCCUGCGGCCAUCUACCAUGCAGCAGUGUGAGGCCAAGUGUGACAGCGUGGUGCCCCCUGGGGAUGGCCCAGAAGAAUGCAAGGAUGUGAACAAGGUGGCCUACUGCCCACUGGUGCUCAAAUUUCAGUUCUGUAGCCGAGCCUACUUCCGCCAGAUGUGCUGCAAAACCUGCCAAGGCCGCUAG